UGUGCGGCUUUUAUUUGCUCGUUGCAUGUAUAUUUAAGAUCAAGGAAAUACAUACAUACAUACAUACAUGAUAUAAGAGUAAGAGAGAUCAAUUAGAAAUUCAACAUUGAUGGAGGAAAGGUCAGGUAAACGUAGGAAUGGGAUGAUGAGCAUUCUGAUGCUUCCCUGGCUAGCCCAUGGUCACAUCUCUCCCUUCCUUGAGCUAUCCAAAAGGCUCUCCGACAGGAACAUCACCAUCUACUUCUGUUCCACUCCCGUAAACCUCAGUCCCAUCAAACGGAGACUCGCCAGAACCAAGUACUCGUCGAGGAUCCACCUCGUCGAGCUUCACCUCCCCCACUUGCCGGACCUCCCUCCCCACCUCCACACCACUAAGCACCUCCCGCCCUGCCUCAUGCCCACCCUCAAGACGGCCUUCGACCUCUCUGCCCCGGGCUUCUCCAUUACCCUCGGCCUCCUCCACCCCGACCUCGUUGUAUACGACUUCCUCCAGCCCUGGGCCCCCGUAGUCGCCCUUUCCCAAGGCAUCCCAGUGGUCGAGUUUUUCUGCACAGGCGCGGCCAUGAGCGCCUUCUCAAUCUGGUUCCUGAUGAAUCUUGGAGUUGAGUCCCCGUUCCCGGAGUUACACCUGCAGGAUCACGAGCUCCCGGGCUUUGUGCAACUGUUUGAGAGGACCGCCAAUGGCAUCAAGGACGGGGAUAGGUGGAAACGGUGCACUGGGAGGUCAGUCGGGGUCGUCUUGAUCAAGAGUUUCCAGGAGAUCGAGACCAAGUACAUCGACUAUCUCACUAUCCAAAUGGGAAAGAAGUUCGUGCCGGUGGGCCCUCUAGUGGAAGAAGACCAUCAACAUGAUCAGGAGGACGACGGGAAGAGAGUUGAGAUGACAGAGUGGCUUGACUCGAAGGGCAAAAACUCAACGGUAUUCGUUUCGUUCGGUAGUGAGUACUUCUUAUCGCGACGGGAGAUAACGGAAAUAGCUCACGGCUUGGAACAAAGCAGGGUGAAUUUCAUAUGGGUCAUCAGGUUCCAUGGAGGAGGAAGAGAAGGAGACCUGCAGAGGACAGGGCCGUUGAUGGACUCAUUACAACUACAAGAUGCUCUCCCUGAGGGGUUCCUAGGAAGGGUCAGGGACAGGGGAUGUGUGAUAGAAGGGUGGGCUCCACAGGCUGAGAUCCUGAGGCACCCGAGCACCGGCAGAUUCUUGAGCCACUGCGGAUGGAGCUCCGUGAUGGAGGCGAUGAGGUUCGGGGUCCCGAUCAUCGCGAUGCCAAUGCACUUGGACCAGCCGAUCAAUGCGAGGCUGGUGGGGGAGGGAGUCGGUGUCGGGUUGGAGGUAAAGAGGGACGAGGAGGGGAGGUUCAGGCGGGAGGAUGUCGCCGGGGCGGUGAGGAGUGUGAUGGUUGAGAGGGCUGGGGAAAGGGUGAGGAAGAGAGCCAUGGAGCUGAGGGAUGUGAUGGAGCUGAGGAGGGAGAGAGGUAAGGAGGAUGAAGAGAUCGAUGGGGCUGUGGAGGAGCUCUUGCAUGUCUGUGGGAAGACAAACUUGGUAAAAGAUCAGGAGAUCAAUCAUAGAUUUCUAGUGCCAAAUUAGUUGCUCCAUGGUUGUAUUGUAUCUUGGAAACAACGUAUAGGAGCUCUCCUUUACAGUUUUCUUAAUUUAGAUAUAACUUCGAAUUUCUGCUUCUCUUUAAGCAUUUGAUUGAUUCUCGAGAUAUCUUACUAGCAUAUAUAAGGUUAUGACCAGAAACCAUAGAGAGAGUUUGGUUUUAGCAGAGAUUAUAAGCCGAUAAUAUCUUCAUGAAUAGCAGUACUUGGAUAAUAGUGGAAUUUCAUUACGAAGAAAAAGAAAAGCAUGUCAGAAGUUAUUCGGUUUGCUUCGCCAGCUAAUGAACGCAUUCCAUGCAUUUGCUCA